UAAUUCCACGAGAAAUCCAGGCACUUCACUUGGGAACCCAGCUCUGCCAAGGUUGCUAAAAGUUACCCGCACCCGUUCACGGAAAAAAUCCAAAAAAAGACGACAUGGUUCAAAUAACAGGAAGUCACGUGGUAAAGAAUUAGACAGAAGAAAAAGACGGAAAGGCAGUCGGGAAUCUGCUUCAUCCUCUAAACCAGCUGCUCCUGUAGUGCAGAUAUGUGGAGUGUCAGAGAGUUCAGACGAUGACAUCAUAGCAUUGGAGGAUUUACCUUCUCGCCCCGCGGCCGCUCCUGAGGUAGUCCUACCAGCUCAAGCUAGACCAGAGAAGCAAGUUCCCGGUGGGCAAAACACGAUGGCAAAGGCAGGUAAUGGCGCCAACUUUCCAGUUGGACAGCCUGGUAGGCCACGCCCUGGCUCAGCUCUCAGGGGGGAGGAGGAGCAGCAGGUGGAGAAUCUUGUUUCUCUACCCAUCCCUCUUCCUGGACCAGGAGAUAAAGUGGUUUCAGUUGAUGUAGAACCAGGAGCUCCAGUUAACCGUAACGACCAGUUGCGAGGUGGAUCAAGAGUAGAGAUAAAGGCAGAACUACUUGCCUUGAAGGAACUAGAAGGUUCUGCUUCAACUGUUCAGUGGAAAGGUUUCUGUGUAUCCUGUGGAGCACGAGGAAGUACAGAACACUAUGACGUGCACAACAAGUGCAAGAAGCUGCUUUCCUGGGAGAAGAAGGGGUUCAAGGCCAACUGUAAAUAUUGUAAUGAGAAUACACACUGGGUGGAUGGAUGUCCUUAUCUUGCCUCAUUCUGCUUCCGCUGUUGGUGCUGGGGUCACAUGGAUGCCUGCCAUGCCAAGUUUGAUGAUGAAUUUAUUAACUCUCUGAAGGAGUCUUAUUCACAGCACAGGUUGAUGUUUCAUUCCGCCACCAAGGAACACAUUCCUCCGGCCAACCUGAAGAAGGGAGAUGGAUGGAUAUACCAGGGAACCAGAGCUGAUCUAGUUUCAUAUGCAGAGAAUAUUCAACCUGAGGGAACCUUUCAACCUUGGCUCAAUAUCAACUGGGGAUAGUUUCCUCAAUCACCUAUCAAUCAAUCAGUCAAUCAAUUAAUCAAUAUAGCAUUGAUCAUAGAGAUGUUCUGGUUUGGAAAAAAGAUUAAAACCAAAGAAACUCUUUGGUCAACAUCUAAAACAACAAGAUACAUUCUUUAAAUAUUUUAAUAUACAAUAAAUGAAAUUUAUUUUAAA